UUUUAAGUUACAGUACUCCGAUAGACAUGAGGAAUUCUUUCUCUUGUUCUGUUUUUGUCCCAAAGUGAUCAAUCCAGAUCUCCGGAUUGAUUCCUGUAAAUGUGUUUGAAAUCAUUUUUAAUUAUUUCCAUUGUGCGAAAACCUUGGGACAAUGAAGAUUCAAUCUGUUGGGUUCGCAUGAGUAGGGCUGUUUGCUGCCGCUUUUCUGAUCCACAACGAGUUUAGGCACCAUUUUGAGUCUCACUCACAACGUCUUGAUUCUGGCACUAUCCCACCACAACUACAACCACCAUGGCCGAUCCUGGAACUAUCAUCGCAGUGGUUACUAUUUCCUACAAAAUGGCCAUAAAGGCAUGGUCAGCCUUCCAAGAUGCCUUGAAUUACGACGAUGAGUCGGCAGACGCAGUAGUGAGACUCGAAAUCGAGCGCUUUCGAUUCCAGACGUGGGCCUUGAAUGCUGGAUUAACGAAAGGCACAUUCGACCCCAAUCUCCACUCAAUCCAUGAACUUGUUGCUGAAAGAUUGAAUCGCAUCACGAGACUCUUCGAAGAAGCCGAAAAAGUGAAGGAGUCUUUUGGCUUAACCAUAUCCGAUGCAGCUAGAACGCCACGACCUGAUAAAGCCCACAGCAUCCUUUCGGGAAUGGCUUCAUCAAUUCGCUCCAUGGGGAUGAAGCUUGAUAUCGAUGAGAAGACUAAGGAGCAGGAUAGCAAGAAAGUCUCUAGUCGAAUCAAGUGGGCUCUGGUAUCCAAAGCAAAGUUUCUCACCCUUGUCUCCACUCUUGAGUCAACGAUCAAUAAACUCGACGACCUGUUGACAGAAACACAGAGGAGGUCCGAAAGGGAUGACUGGAAGAGAAUAAAUAUCGUCUUGGUUGGAAAUGUCCCACCUGACCAGCUUGACUUACUCCAGCGAGCUUUACGACAUGAUCUUUCGGAUGAACGACCCCCAGACAUAUCUGGAAUAGACUCUCUGGUGGCAAAGAAAGCGAUACAUCAUUCCUCUCCUGUGCGAACACACACCGGAGCACAUAGCUUGGCACGACGAGAGCUGGACGAGUUCUUAAUUCAAGAUUUACGAAGCCAAAACCGACUACUCGCCCUCCCAAAGCCAGCAAUCCGAGGCGUGCUAGGAGCGGGCCCUUUUCUGUUAGAAAGAAAAGAAUACGACCCAGAUAUAAACAUCCAGGAUAAAAGGACACUGAAAGCCCGAUUAGAUAGGCUGAUUUUGCUUCUCAGUUCAAGAAUAUCCGGUGACUUUAGAGCAUUCCAAGCCGUUGGAUAUUGCGAAGAUCCAAGUUCCUUCUCGUGGUGGCUUAUUUUUCAAUGCCCGUUUUCAGAAAGUGUGGUCGAUUUGGGUUCUUCUCAACCAGUGUCACUCAAAAGUCUCUUUCCAUUGAAGUACAAACCCCCGCUUGAAGAUCGCUUAAUGUUGGCCAGCCUACUUUCCAAGACCUUAGCCGAACUGUUUAACAGUGGCUGGAUGCACAAAGGGAUUCGCAGUGAAAACAUCUUAUUUCCAGAUUUAUACGACAAAGGUGCUCUCAGCUGGAAAGAUAAAUCGACAGAUGUCACUACACCUUAUCUUGGUGGAUUCGAGUACUCACGUCAAGAUACGGAAGCUGCCACCAUCGACAAAGGAAAGCAGCUUCGAGACCUUCAAUCAGCAAUAUACAGACACCCUGAGUACCAAGGGGAUGCGGCUAGCGGAUACAAAAUGAAGUAUGAUAUAUAUUCUUUUGGUAUGGUUCUGACCGAGAUUGCACUUUGGACCCCCAUUUCUACUAUGCUCGAUGCAAAAGGGGUGAAGUCAAACACGGUUAAGCUUUCGUCAGCGAUGACAACUUUUCACACGGAGGAAGCUUUGGAACUGAAGAUCCGAGUUUUGGGGAGAGUAAGAACGGAACUUGCUUUCCGCGUCGGAUCACUAUUCCGGGAUGUGGUUCAUUGGUGUCUUACAAUGUCAGAAGCGAAGGACGAGGAAGAUUGGCACCCCGCACUUGGAUUUCAUAACAAUGUGGUAUCUCCACUUGAGAAGUGCAUACUACCCUGUGAGUAUCUGGUUUUCUUUUGUACUGGGGAGUUCAAAAUGCAAUGCUAAUAUCCGCCGCCAGUUCAGUAGAGAGGAAAAUUUCGUAUCCUGAGUCUUUACUAGUUCCACUUCCGUAUGUCCCUUAAAUUUUGAGCAUCUUCAACAGGCAAUGUCACACUUUGCUUCAAAACAUACGACACCUGCCGUGGUAUUUUUCUUUCAAUACUUUGCGCCACUACAUGAAAUUAAGUCACAUGCUGAGAAUACAAAAUAUUCUGUCACUUCAUACUAGCAGCACUAGCGUCACUUUAGGGUAUUUAACACUUAUUUGUAACUUACUUUACACUUGAAGAGCUCUCCUCCUUGUAGUCUUUCUGUUGUGCUGGGUCUACUUUCUCUUUUGCUCCACUUCCUGAUUUGAUCCACUUAUAGCUCUGCUGCCUAAAUGCUUCAUGUCUGCAUAAAACUAACACUCUUUAUAUAAACACCUUAGAUAGCUACCUUUUACAAUGCAAUCAAUUCUCCAUGACCUUCAGUACCCAAUACCCUUUCAACCCAAUACUUUCCUAUGGAUAUUAACUUUACAUUAGAUGAAGCUUUUUACGCCCAAUUUCAUGACCAAAAGAGUUCUAGGGAGUACUGUCGAAUCCUCGGAGGUUGCUCACGCAUUGCUCUCUAAACCAUUGAUUCUAUUCGUUAAUAAUCAUGCGAGUAAGCCAACAGCUUUCAAUCUACAGUAAGCAAUCAACCAACACACCCACUAGACCUCAGAUCUUGGGAUACAAAAGUUAGCUCCCACCCACCCAUUUACCAACUACCACAUCUCGAAAGCAACUAUGCCUUUGCCUCCUGAAUCUUUGCAAGUCGGAGGAGGUUGCAACUGUGGUGCUAUCUGCUACAAAACCUCAAUCCCUCCCCUCGAAUAACGACCCCUUCAUCCACAUUCGGCAAGCGAAGACCCAGUCCAUUUGCCAUUCUCAUGUAUCGACCAUUGCAAUGAUUGCCGUCGUGCCACAGGCGCUAUACCUCCUCUAGCCUUCUGUACCCCAAUAUCCAUGAUAACAAGCUCUCUCGUCAUUCGUUCUAAAGCUUCUCUCGCAUUGGAUCCAUCAAAGCGGGAUCCAGACAGCAAAUCUAACGAGGAAAGAACAUCUUGGGAACCGGGCAAUAAACACUUCCACUCAGGGACAAUCGAUCGCGACUCUUUUCUCGAUUUCUACGAUUCCUCUGUGGGCCGUCGAAGAUGGUUCUGCAAUCGGUGUGGAACGAAUGUUGCUUAUCUUGCCUUUCCUAUGCCGGAGGGGUGGCAGCCGGAUAUUUUGGACCUGUUUUUGGGAACUGUGGGUAAGGAGGAUCUUGUUGGUGGGGCGUUGGAACCAACAAGACAGCUUUGGUGGGAUUGUGGUAUUGAAUGGGUCAAGGAAAUUUCUAUUAGUGGUGCUGGAGGGUUGCCGCGACAUCCGAGGUAUAAACCAGAUGAGGAUAUUCCGGGGUAA